AUGGAGACAUACCUUACUGGAGCCCUGAACGACACCAACUACGCUAAUGUUGCGGCUGAAAUUUGUGCUUUAAAUACAGCGAAUUUGUCUAACCUCCUGGAUAGCAUACCCAAUACAUCAGGGUUUCUAAGAAAUAACGAGAACGGGAUCUGUGCUACGGCUACUCAACACAACGAUGGUAGAUCUGGGAUACGCAAACCACUCUCGGAUUUGUCUAUCCUGGUGGAUAAUAUACCCCACACGACACGGGGUGGCCAUGGAUCACACAAAAGACAGAGAUCCAUUCAGGCCGUGAUUCACACACCAAGGGGCCAGCAUACAACUUUACGAAAUACUGAUGCAAAGAGACAACGAACGGUUCAGAGUGCGUCCCCCGUUUUGAAUGACAGAGUCAUCGCGAUCGAUAAUGUAGGACCGUUGGAGUCUGACGCUAGAACAUCUGGUCAAGGGUCGAACACACAUGACAUAGUAGAGAGCUUUGUAGAUUGGGAUGAGGAUCUGAUUAUCGCAUGGGACGCUUGUGAUUUUGAACUACAUACACCGGUGCAAUCACCAUCAGCGUCCAUGAAUGUACAAGAAACACCUGUGGCUUCCGAACAGACCCCAGAGUUAGGGGUGAAUCACAUAAACCAAGAAGACAACAAUUCUGAGGAUACAGAAUUGUUCCCAUAUGUUUUGACCCAGAACCUCGAUGUUCAAAGAAUCGUGGAUUCCGAACAGGACCCGGAGCCACUGCCUGGUAAUCAACAGGCCUAUAGAAACGAACUUGUGACUGAUGAACAGGUCACGGACAGCACAGGAAAUGAAGUGACUCCAGAAGAGCUCAAAGAAUUUUUUCAUUAUGUAUGGCACGAUUAUGUACAGUUUAAGCAGUUUGUAGUCGAUGGUUUUGCAAUCCAGGAUACAGAGCGAAGAAAACUGUUGGGGUUAAUCGCCGAAAUUAUCACUCUGUUAAAAAACACGACUUUGUAA